AACAUAUACGACAAAUGAUGCAUUCAAGUGAUCUUCUAUUUAUUUAUUUUUCAAAAUAAAUAACAUAAAAUGUAGGUUCCAAUAUAAAUGGGGGUAUAGUAGAGAAAAAGCCUAUAGACCAAAAUAAGGCAAACAUUUGAAGAGUCCAAAAUUGGUUUAGGGUGAGAUUUUCCAUUCUGGCAACCAAAAAAGGAAACAGAAAAAAUAGAUAGGCUGUGCUGUUCUUCAUCAUAUACGUUUGUGUUCUUCAACUCUCCUCCAAAGCUAACAGAAAAAAAUUCAUACCUUCUCUAUCUCGCUCCCUUCUCUAUCUCGCUCCUUCUCUCUCUACACCUGCCCUAAUAUCACACUCCGUCUCUAUCCCCCAACUCUCUCUCUGUCCUCUUCUACAUCUCAUCUUUCUCUCUCUAGACUCCACAACGCCGUGCUCCCGUCGAAGUCUCUUCUCUCUCUAUAUAUUCUCUCUCCACAACGCAUUACUUUGCAUUGAGGGAAUUUACACAAACACUUUGGUGGUUGUAGGCUUUUCUUGGAUCCUUGUACGGGUAACUACCUCGUCUGGCGUAUUUGACAUUAUGAGGAUGAGGUAGGGUUGUUCUCUUUUCGUAUGUCGCUUUCGUUCUCUCUGGAAUUUUCCGGUUUGCUUGUUAUGUUCAAACCCUAGGUUUCGGGAUUAUGUUCUAGGGUUUAUAUUGGUCUACAUUUUCAUGGUCGUCGCUCUGUGAUUCUAUUGGUGAUAUAUAGGGUUUUUUUUGGGUCUGAUUUGUAUGAACUAUUGAUUAAGAACCGAGUGCUUUUCUCCGAUUUAAAUGUUGUCGUAAGGCUUUUGUAUUGUGGAACCCUAAUGUUUUCAGAAAUGAGGGUCUUCUGAGUGUGUUAUAUUCGUUCGCUUAUCCAUCUUUUAAUUGAAGAUGGAUGCGUAGAGAAUCUUUUCUUUGGAUCCCUUGAAUCGUUGACGCAUUGGGCUAGUAUAUGGCUAUGAGUUAUGGUUUACUUAUUUCGAUUAAUCUGUAAAGGACAAGAACAUUAGUUUUGAUCAAUCCAUAGUGGAUGAGAACCUUAGUCUUGAUUAAAAGAGGAACCCAUUAAUUAACUUGAACACUGACGACUGCAUUUGGAAGGAUUUAAAGUUUUUGAUUCACAGUGUUGUUGUCUUGGGCAAUUGGGGGGCAAUUGCGAAGCACUUCUUGUUUAGGGAAAAACAGAACUCAGAUUAUUUUUGGGUCUAGUUGUGAAUGGAAGGGUUAGGAUUUUGCAAGAGGAGGUUUGAGGAGAAAAGAAAGCUGGUUGUCAGUGCUUGUUAUAUGUGAUCAUGUUCAGUUCUCAUGGAAAGAAUUGAACCGACAUUAGUUCCAGAAUGGCUGAGAGGUACUGGAAAUGUUUCUGGGAGUGGGAAUUCGGCCCACCAUUUAGCAACGUCUUCUUUUCACUCAGAUUCUAUUUUCUCGCCGCAUUCCACAAGAAAUAGAUAUUCUAGGAGUGUACGUGAUAAAGAUACUCCACGUCCUACUUAUUUGGAUCGAAGCUCUUCGUCUAAUUCUCGGCAUAGUUCAAGCAAUUAUGGUUCUACAAAGCAUCCAUACAGUAGUUUCACUCGAAGUCAUCGUGAUAAAAAUCGUGACAAGGAGAAAGAGGAGUCGGUCAUUGGGCAUCUCUGGGACCAUGACUGUCUUGAUCCAUUGCGAAACAUCUUAAUUAGUAGGGUUGACAGGGAUACCUUAAGACAUUCUCGUUCUAUGGUGUCUAGAAAACCGGGUGAAGUUUUCCUUCGGAGAGUUGUGGACUCAAAAAAUGGUGGUAGCAACAAUCAGGAUAACAGAAAUGGUAUGCAUUCUGGGGGCAGCAUUGUUAGCAACAUUCAGAAAACUGCGUUUGAGAAGGACUUUCCCUCUCUUGGAAGUGAAGAGAAGCAAGGAGCACCUGACAUAGUGAGAGUUCCAUCUCCUAGUUUGAGCUCUGCUGUCCACAGCUUGCCCAUGGGCAGUUCAGGUUUGAUCGGUGGGGAGGGAUGGACCUCGGCUUUGGCGGAAGUGCCCACCAUAAUUGGCAACAAUAGCAUGCGAACAUCCUCUGCUCAACAGACUGUUGUUGCCACCCCGUCAUCCGGGGCUUCAAGUGCUUUGUCUGGUUUUAACAUGGCUGAAGCAUUAUCACAGGCUCCAUCUCGAGCUAGUACCACUCCCCAGCUGCCUGAUAAGACACAAAGGCUUGAGGAAUUGGCUAUAAAGCAAUCUAGGCAACUAAUACCCAUGACACCCUCAAUGCCUAAACCCUUGGUUCCUAAUUCUUCCGAUAAAUCAAAGCCCAAAGCAGCAGCUAGAACCAGUGAGACGACUGUGGCUGCCAAGAAUGUGCAGCAGCAGCUCCAUUCAACGCAACUUGCUAAUCAGUUUGUUCGUGGUGGACAAGUCAGAUCUGAUGCUCCAAGGGCAACUCAUACUGGGAAGUUUCUUGUUCUCAAACCAGUAUGGGAGAAUGGUGUCUCCUCUACAGCAAAGGAUGUAUCUAGUCCGAGUUGUAAUGCAAGCAGAGCAGCUAAUAGCCAGCUUGCUGUUGCUCCUUCGGCUCAAUCUGCUCCUGUGAAGAAUCCAAAUAACCAAAAGCUUUCCACGGUUGAACGCAAUCCUAUUGGCAGUGUGGAAAAGAGACCUUCUCAGGCCCAGAGUCGAAGUGAUUUUUUCAAUCUCAUGAGGCAGAAAACCUCAACGAAUUCUCCUUCCCUCCCAGAUUUAGGAGCUGCUGUUUUGACUCCCAAUGUGGAGAAAUCUGGUGACGUAAUCAAGGAAGUUGGUACUCCUGUAAGUCCUUGUGUUACUGAGAACGGUAGCGAGGUGACUAGCAAUGGUGAUACUGGUGACGAGGUUCAGAGAUUUUCUGAUGUUGAAGAGAAGAAUUCAUGCCUUAGUGGGGAAAUUUAUCCAAAUGAGGAAGAGGCUGCUUUCUUGCGUUCUCUUGGUUGGGUGGAAGAUGCUGGAGAGGACGAUGGCCUUACCGAGGAGGAGAUCAAUGCAUUUUAUCAGGAGUAUAUGAAACAGAGACCAUCCUUGAAAGUGUGUAGAGGAAUGCAGCCAAAGCUUUCAAUGCUGUCCGAGUCACAUGCAUCUGGUUCAAGCAGAACUUCCUCGGAGUUGAGCUCAUCUGAAUCUGAAUCCGAUGCUUGAUUAAUGAUUAAUUACAUAUAGGAUCGGAAAAGUUAAAUUUUUUUGUUGGCAGACAGUUUCUCUUUUGUUUGGGCAUAAAGCAGAUAAGUCGACACGGAAGAGGUGGUCGGAUUUGGAGGGAUGUCUGCAGUUUGCAAUAUAGUAACAAUAAAUUACAGGUGCCCCAAUUCUACCUCCCUAAAUUAGCAUUUUUUUGGGUUUCAGGUCUGGUUAGGAGAAGGUGGGUAGGGUAUAUGUUGGUCUUUCGUGGAUGGUAAGAUUUUGUCAUUUUUGUUUUUUAUUUCUAGAGGUCAAAUUCAAUGAAGAAAAGCUUUUGGCAUUUUGGUUGAUUAUACGGGGUAAAAAGAAAGUUAUUUUUAGUUUUUUAUUUUUAUUUUAUUGAAAUUUUUUGCUUUAGCUCUCUAUUUUAAUGUUAAUAGAUAUAUUUUUUGAUAGAAGAGUUGUUGUUGAUAUCUGAAGCUUAUCCACAAAAGUGAUUUUGUUA